AUUGUCAGUAAAAGUGAAAGUCAGCAGCUCCAUUUUGUGACGACUGAAAAAUAAAUAUUUCAGGAGUAAAAACACAGGUUUAAUUUAACACACCGAUGUUGGAGUGAAGUAAACGUGUGUCCUGCUGUAAUCUGGAGAAGGAGACAUGACCUCUAACAUGAGUGUGUCUGGAAAACAGGACUUAAAGAAAGACGAGAGAAUGAUGGAGGGAAAGAGAUCAGACUCACCAGAACCCAGCUGUGUGUCCAUGAAGAGUGACGAGUCAAUGCAACAUCCAAUUACCUUCAGAGACAGAGACAGUUCUACUGAUGUGAGACCACAAAAAUCAAACAUCAGCAGAAAUCAGCUGGACUCCAUAUUCAAGGAGCUGGAACACAAAGUCAUCACUCUGAUAAAGAAUGAGCUGAAGAGGUUUAGGAAGCUCCUGAGUCCAGAUUACCAAGCAUGCACUGAGAGGGAGGUGGAGGAUGAGGAGGAUCUGCACAGUGUCAGAGAGGGAGCGCUGAAGAUCACACUGCAUGUCCUGAAGAACAUGAACCACACAGAUCUCGCUAACACACUGCACAACAAGUCUGUAGGUUCUGUGUAUCAGACAAAGUUGAAGUCCAAGCUGAGAGAGAAGUUUAAAAGAAUUAAUGAAGGAAUCUCACAGCAUGGAAGCUCAGUACUUCUGAAUGAGAUCUACACAGAGCUCUACAUCACAGAGGGUUGGAGUGGAGAUGUUAAUAAUGAACAUGAGGUGAGUCAGAUUGAGACAGUGUCCAGGAGACCAACAACACAGGAGAAACCCAUCAAAUGUAAUGAUCUUUUUAAAGACAAGUCCAUCAGAACUGUGCUGACUAAAGGAGUUGCUGGAAUUGGAAAAACAGUCUCUGUGCAGAAGUUCAUUCUGGACUGGGCUGAAGGAACAGCAAAUCAGGACGUCUUCUUCAUGUUUCCACUUCCCUUUAGAGAGCUGAAUCUGAUGAAGCAGCAAAAUCUCAGUUUGAUGAAUCUUCUUCAUCAUUUUUUCAAAGAAACAAAAAAACUAGCAUCAAUAAACUGUGACUCCUACAAAGUGGUGUUGAUCUUUGAUGGUCUGGAUGAGUGUCGACUUCCUCUAAAUUUCCAGAAGAAUGAGAGAUUGUGUGAUGUGACAGAUUCAGCCUCAAUGGAUGUGCUGCUGACGAACCUCAUCAAGGGGAAUCUGCUUCCCUCUGCUCUCCUCUGGAUAACCACAAGACCAGGAGCAGCCAUUCAGAUCCCUCCUGAGUAUGUAGACCAGGUAACAGAGGUACGAGGGUUCAGUGAUCCUCAGAAAGAGGAGUACUUCAGGAAGAGGUUCAGUGAUCAGAGCCUGGCCAAUAAAAUCAUCAGACACCUGAAAUCUUCAAGAAGCCUCUACAUCAUGUGCCACAUGCCAGUCUUUUGCUGGAUCUCAGCCACUGUUUUAGAGAGAAUGUUGGGUGAAGCAGAGAGUGGAGAGAUCCCCAAGACUCUGACUCAAAUGUUCACACACUUCCUGAUCUUUCAGAUCAAACACAAGGACCAAAAGUACCAUCAGAAAUGUGACCCUGAUCCUCAGCAGACCAGAGAAAGUAUCAUGGCACUGGGAAAAUUGGCUUUCCACCAGCUGGAGAAAGGAAACCUGAUCUUCUAUGAGGAAGACCUGAGAGAAUGUGGCAUCAAUGUCAGAGAAGUGUCAGUGUACUCAGGAGUGUGUACCCAGAUCUUCAGAGAGGAGUUUGGGCUUCACCUGGGGAAGGUGUUCAGCUUCGUACAUCUGAGUGUUCAGGAGUUUCUGGCUGCUUUAUACAUGUUUCUCUCCUUUAUCAGCAGAAACGUAACAGAACAUCAAACCUCUGAUCAGUCUGAUCUUUUCAGGAAGUCAAACAUGUCUGAUCUCCUCAGGAAUGCAGUGGACAAGGCCUUACAGAGUGAGAACGGACACCUGGACCUGUUCCUCCGCUUCCUUCUGGGUCUCUCACUUGAAUCCAAUCAGACUCUCUUACGAGGCUUAAUGCCACAGACAGGAAGCAGAUCUCACAGCAAACAGGAAACAGUGGAGUACGUCAAGGAGAAGAUCAGGGAGAAUCCAUCUCCAGAGAAAUCUAUCAAUCUGUUCCACUGUCUGAUUGAACUGAAUGAUCAUUCUCUAGUGCAGGAGGUACAAACUUAUCUGAACAGAGGAGGUGACAGACGUUUCAGAGGAACCAGACUCUCUCCUGCUCAGUGGUCAGCUCUGGUGUUUGUGUUACUGAACUCAGUACAGGAGCUGGAUGAGUUUGAUUUGAGUAAAUAUGAUCCAUCAGAUGAAUGUCUUCUGAGGCUGCUGCCAGUGGUCAAAGCCUCCAGAAAAGCUGAUCUGUGUGGGUGUAAUCUGACAGAGGAAAGCUGUAGAGUUCUGUUCUCAGUUCUCAGCUCAAACACCUCCUGUCUGAGAGAACUGGACCUGAGUCACAAUAAACUGCAGGAUUCAGGAGUGAAGCUGCUUUCUGAUGAACUGAAGAAUCCACACUGUACACUGGAGAAACUGAGUCUAUGUGACUGUAAUCUGACAGAGGAAAGCUGUAGAUUUCUGUCCUCAGUUCUCAGCACAAACUCCUCCAGUCUGAGAGAACUGGACCUGAGUGACAAUAAACUGCAGUAUUCAGAAGUGAAGCUGCUCUCUGAUGGACUGAAGAAUCCACACUGUACACUGGAGAAACUGAGUCUGUGUGGGUGUAAUCUGACAGAGGAAAGCUGUAGAGUUCUGUCCUCAGUUCUCAGCUCAAACUCCUCCAGACUGAGAGAACUGAACCUGAGUCACAAUAAACUGCAGGAUUCAGGAAUGAAGCUGCUCUCUGAUGGACUGAAGAAUCCACACUGUACACUGGAGAUACUGAGGCACACACACACACACACACACACACACACACACACAGUUUUAAUAAACACUACAACAUCCAGUUCUCCUCUGUGGUAACUGUAAUUGUAGUGAUCUGAUAUAUUGUCAUUGUUGUGUGUGAGAGAUGGAG